CUUUUUCAUAAUUUUAAUGUACGAACCUUUAUUAGAGCAGCAGCUUGGGGUCCUGUGAUUUUAUUUUUUGUUGAACAUGGUUUUAGUAUAGGUUCUAUUCAAGGAAGGUCUAUGCAGCCAACGUUUAACCCUGAUUCAAACAAACUCCGUAGAGAUGUUGUUUUAUUAAAUCGUUGGAUAGCUGUUACACAUGAAUAUGUAAGAGGUGAUGUGGUAACGUUAUUUGCACCAGAUGAUCCAGAUCGUGUGAUAACAAAAAGAAUAAUCGCAUUAGAAGGUGAUACGGUAUUCACCACACUUCCUCAUCCUGAUAAAUUUGUUAAAAUACCAAAGGGACAUUGUUGGAUUGAAGGUGAUGAUAUCUUUCAUAGUAAAGAUAGUAAUGAAUAUGGACCGGUACCAUUAGCAUUGAUUAAUGCUAAAGUUUCUUACAUAUUACUGCCAUUUUCAAGAUUUGGUAAAAUAGAACGUGUUGAAAGUUCUCGUGUUUCUGUGUUCAAAGAUGAUUAGUUUUAUUACGACAUUGGAUAAAUGAGUUUUUGGAGAAUUUUUAAAUAAUAAUAAUUGGAGGAAAUAAUUAAUCAGAGGAAAAUAAUUAUAAGAGAGAAAGUUUCAGAAAUUUGACGAAAAAUUAUUUUUUUUUUUUUUUAAAAAAAAA